GCUUUGAGUUUUGCUCAAAAGUACCUAAAGUAUAUGUAGAACAAAAUUAUACUCAUGGUUUAGUCAGAAGUAGAAUCCAUGUAUGUGAACAUAUAUACAUACAUACAAGGAACAUGGUUCAGUUUUUUUUGUUGCUAUGCAAUGUACACACGCAGAUACAUGCAGCUAAACACAAUGACAACCAAGCUGAAGGUAAACACGAACAAGCAUUUGACUGCUGUAAACAUUUGUCUACUGUGCCGAGUUGGGAGUUGGACUCAAGUCGCACUUCAGUCACACACACACAGGGACUUGAGACUUGCAUACAGUGACUUGUGAGCAUCUCUGUGUUUGAGAGGCUAUGGGACGUGUUAAAUCACAGGAGAUUAUAAACUGUCAUUCAUUGACGAGCCAGUGAAAUUGUACAACACGGUUGUACUCUAACUGUUGUUAUUACAUGCCUAUAAAUGUUAGCAAUAUGUCCCUGUUACUCUGAGUAAUGUUAGUCUAUAUUCAUUUUUACUGGCAAAAUACAGAUACAGCGUUGUCAUAUUUAGGUUUGACAGUGACGAUAUUUACAUGUCAAACUGUGACAUAUAUCAUUUCCAUGUUCAGUGGAUGUCGGUGUUGUUUACACGUCGAGUGGAUGCUGCUGUGUGUUGUGUUCAUUUCAGAGCAGAGUUUCUCUCCCUGCUGAACACCUACAACUGCUUCCUGAAGGACCACACUCAACUGCACCUCAGCUACUCUCAGGGCGGCGAUGGAGAGGUGGUGGUGGAGGGCUUCCUGAAUAUCUCCUGGGGAGUGCGCAGACUCAUCAGGCUGAAAAUACAGGAUGACAAACAGAUGCCCCCUUUCGCUCCUCUGACCUCACCCGACCCCACCAGUCCAAUCAGCCCCAUCGGGGACAAGAGGGGUAUGUCCCGGUGGGGAGAGUACAAUGACCUUCACCAGAUAGACGAGAUGGCGGAGACACCGCAGGACACAGUGGUCACCAAACCUUUACCAGGCCGGGCCGUUUAUGAGACGACCACACUGCGUCCCGUGCGGCAGAAGAACUCCGAGCUGGAGGCGGAGUCCAACCUGUUUCGCUGCAUGAGCGACGCCUCAUUGGUCAAGAGGAGGAGGGGGAGGGGGAAGUCGGCAGCGCAGAGAGAGAAGGAAAGACAACAUCGCUUUUCUAUCAACGGACACUUCUACAACUAUAAGACGUCGAUCUUCACACCGUCCUUCGGCACUCCGACUAAAGUUCGUAUCUCCAGCAGGAUGACCACAAACCAGGUCAUCGAACAGCUGCUGAACAAGUUCAAGAUAGAGAACGAUCCCCAGGAGUUCGCUCUGUACUGUGUUCACCAGAGCGGAGAAAAGAGGAAGCUCAGUGACGGAGACCAGCCCCUGUGGGAGCGCAUACUUCAGGGACCCUCCGACGACAUCAUGAAGAUCUUUUUGAUCGACAUGGACGAAGAGGAAGUCAGCAACGACGUAGCCCAGUAUCUGAACUUGGAGCUUCCCAUCCUGGAGCAGGUUCUUCUGAAACUCAGAGAGGAGGAGAACAGAGUGAUACAGAGAGUCAUCAGCAAGUACCACCAGCAGCAUAGACUCCUAACCCACACGCUGACCUGUAAGAUGUCCCCUCACAUUGAGACCAGUGUCUGAAGACUGCCGAUCUGAAUCACAGACACUAAACCCAUCAUUCAUCAACACCACUUUAAGGACCAAAGAGUAGCUGUCCAACGUCCGACAUCUUUAACUUUGUAAACAAGUUUAGAGAAGGUUUGGGUGUGAAACACAAAGGUGACGGUUUUGGAAAACCGCACCUACCUGACACACUGACAAGAUACACGACUCUGUUUCAAGUCUUACAAACUGGGUCACUUACGUCAUUUUUAUUCAUCACUUUUCUUUUCCUUCAUUUUUUUAAAAAUCUCUAAAUUAAGUAGAAGAUAUUCAUGUUAGAUGCUGUUGUAAAUACCUGUAAAUCAGUGGUGUGUGUUUUGAUAAAUAAAAGUUAUGGGACCAGCA